AUGGUAAUCGCUUUCGGACAGGCUCACUCCAACCACCGGAAGGUUGCGGCUGAUGGAGAAAGCCGCGAAGAGUCGCUCAUCCAGGAGUCUGCCUGCAAAGAAGCGUAUUACGAGCAGCGCAUGCAGGAGCUGCAGGCCGAACUCCGACAAACACGCACCAUCCUGACCAACGUCCAGUCUGAGAACGAACGGCUCGCCACCAUCACGCAGGAGCUCAGAGAGAACAGUCAGAUGGUGGAGCUGCAGAGGUCUCGGCUGCGGGACGACAUCAAGGAGUUUAAGUUCAGAGAGUGUCGCCUGCUGCAGGACUACAGCGAGCUGGAGGAGGAGAACAUCACACUGCAGAAACACGUGUCUGUCCUCAAGCAGAGCCAGGUUGAGUUUGAGGGUCUGAAGCAUGAAAUCCGGCGUCUGGAGGAGGACACUCAGUUUCUGAACAGUCAGCUCGAGGAUGCCAUCCGUCUGAAGGAGAUCGCAGAGAGACAGCUUGGAGAAGCUCUGGAGACCAUCAAGACUGAGAGAGAGCAGAAGGCGGCUCUGAGGAAGGAGUUGUCUCAGUACAUGAGCAUCAGUGACUCCAUGUACCACAGUCCCCUGAGCAUCUCUCUGGAUGGCCUGAAGUUCAGCGAUGACGCCUCCAUCGAGCCCAACAAUGACGAACCGCUGCACGUCUAUGAGAACGGCUUCGAAAAAAUCACAGACAACAACGACAACCGCGUCUCCACACCCAAGAAAAGCGAGCUCUUCCAGCCGUCCUCUAGUCUGGUGGACAACCUGCUGAACGAGCUGAACAUCUCCGAGAUCCAGAAGCUCAAACAGCAGCUGCUGCAGGUGGAGCGGGAGAAGGUGACUCUUCUGUCCACGCUGCAGGAGUCUCAGAAGCAGCUGGAGCAGGCCAACGGAGCUCUCUCUGAGGAACAUGAGAAGGUCGGACGGCUCACCGAAAACCUCAACGCCAUCCGAAAACUCCAGGCCAACAAAGAGCGACAGUCCGCCCUGGAUAACGAGAAGGAGCGCGACAGCCAUGAGGACAGCGAAUACUACGAGGUGGACAUCAACGGCCCCGAGAUCCUCCAGUGCAAGUACAAGGUCGCCGUUUCUGAAGCGAGUCAACUAAAGGAGGAGCUCAAAACACUCAAGGCGGAGCAUUCGGCCUGUCAGUCGCAGUAUCAGGAGGAGCGGGCGCAGCUGGAGAGCCAGGUCGCAUCUUUAAACGCACAGCUCACGUCUCUGGAGCGCAGCAGCCGGUCCGAGCGUGAGCAGCUAGCACGACUAGAGAAAGAGCUCCGACAGGCUAGCGAAGUAGCAGGGGAGUCGCAGGGCAGCCUUAACAUCGCGCAAGAUGAGCUAGCCACCUUUAGCGAGGAGCUAGCCAAUCUGUAUCACCACGUCUGCAUGUGUAACAACGAAACUCCCAACCGUAUCAUGCUGGAUUACUACCGUGAAGGUAAAUCUGGUGUGAACGGGACGCAGACCAACGGUUGGUGCAGCCCUGAUGGUCGCGGCCGGCGUUCUCCAAUCCUGCUAACCCGCGGGCUGUUUCCUACCGCCGAAUCUAGUGAUGGCACCUCAUCUCCCAUCUCAUCCAUCCCAUCCCCGGUGGCCGAUCCACGCAAGGAGCCCAUGAACAUCUACAACCUAGUGGCCAUCAUCCGCGACCAGAUCCGGCACCUUCAGCUGGCCGUAGACCGCACCACGGAGCUCUCCCGCCAGCGCAUGGCCUCUCUGGAGCUGGGCCUCGGGGCUGACCGUGAGCAGGAGGCCAGCGUGGAGGAAAUCCUCAAACUCAAAUCUCUGCUCAGCACCAAGAGGGAGCAGAUCGCCACGCUCAGAACCGUCCUGAAGGCAAACAAGCAAACUGCUGAAGUGGCUCUGGCCAACCUAAAGAGCAAAUAUGAGAAUGAAAAGGCGAUGGUGACCGAAACCAUGAUGAAGCUUCGCAACGAGCUCAAAGCGCUGAAGGAGGACGCAGCCACGUUCUCUUCACUCAGAGCAAUGUUUGCUACCCGUUGUGACGAAUACGUGACUCAACUGGACGAGAUGCAGAGACAGCUAGCAGCAGCGGAGGACGAGAAGAAGACGCUUAACUCUCUGCUACGGAUGGCCAUCCAGCAGAAGCUAGCGCUCACGCAGCGCCUGGAGGAUCUGGAGUUUGAUCACGAGCAAAUACGCCGGCCUGGAGCCAACGGGCGCACCAGAAACACCGCGCCGCGCAUCAAAUCCAGCCAAACGCACUUACAUUCGGUCUGAAUCUGAUCUGGGAACUCGACAAAUUUCUCCACAAAUCCAGACUUAAGUUUUUUGGAUUACAAGAGACACUGGAUUGCCUUUACUUGUAAUCAUCGGAAAUGCAAACAUUUGUUUUAUUUAUAUAUAUAUAUAUAUAUUUGCUUGUAUAAUGAGGAUAUUUAGGGUUUUAUGCGCACAUGGGAAGCCAUUGGGUCACAAAGUCCUGAAAACCUGAGCUCGUAGAAAAAAAAUGGGUCAAUGUUUUUUUUUUUGUCUAAAUAUUCAUUCACAUUUUGAUUGUUUUUGUAAUCAUUCCUAUUUUAAUAUAAGGUUAAACUGCUUUAUAUUACGAUUAUUAGAGGUGUUCUGGUUUGUGAGUCACUUCACGUAUUUUACACUAAUAGUAUUGAAUAGUAUUCUUUACGUUGAUCACGUUAUUAUAACUCGCGCAAUUCAUGAUCUACUCGUCAUCUUUAUGAAACGAUUCGUACGUGGUAUUCGUGUGUUCUACUGACAUGUUUUUACGUUCGCUUUACUGCCAUCGCCGGCGCUCAGACGCUGAGCUAUUGUCUAUUUAUUAUCAUCAUUUUGUCUAUGUAAUACUAAAAGUUAACCGAAUAAAAAUAAUCAGACGUAAAAACCAGCAAAUUAAUAAACGUAUUUAACACUGAAUAGAUUUUUAACACCUUACACUAAGGUUCAAAUAUCAGCAUUUAUGAAUCUAGGUUUAUUUCUUUUAUAUACAAGUAUAUUAGUAUUGUGACUUUUCUACAUUAAGGUUUCAUUUGUUAACAUGACUUAAUGCGUUAGCUAACAUGAACUAACAAGGAGCAAAAUAUUACAGUGUUUAAUUAUCUGUUAGCAAAAAUACAGUCCUGAAUUGUUUAUGAUAGUUGCUUUAAUGUGUAUAAAAACACGCGAGUAAGAAAAUAUUAGUAAAUGUCGAACCUAGAUUAAUACUGUAGAACUACUGCUCAUCGUUAGUUGUCGAAUGUUAAUAAAUGAAACUAUUUUAAUGCUGGGUUCACACCGAAUGCGAAUUUAAGAAUUUGCCCAAAUUACAUUAUGUGAAUAUUAUUAGGUAGAGUAGUUAGAUAAUGUGUAAUGUGCGAUGCGUUUGCGGUAUUCGUGCAAUUGCAUCUUCCAUGCAAGAUGAAAAAAUUAGAGUCGAAAAACAUCCUUUGAGUAAUUUAGAGCAAUUUCGAAUUUGGUGUGACCACUGCAAAGUGUUACGUCUCAUUCACACGGGGCGUCUGCGUUAACGCUUGAACUGUGUGUCUGACAUUUUACAUUGAAUUGAUUGUCAUGGUAACAACAGCCAAUCACAUCCAGCUUCAGUUGCGUCAAAAAAAAUGGAACACAAAAACAUAGUAGUAGUUAUGUUCAAAAGUGGAUUAUUUAUAUUUACCAGUCUUGAUAAUACACUAUUCCUCCCAUCUUUUUUGAUGUACUGCCAUUUUCUAGUGUUGAUUAGCGAACUUGAUUGGCUAGCAUGAGCACUAUUAUAUUUGAAUAAAGCCAUCUGAUUGGCUGACGCAUAUUAGCGCUUAAAAAUUCAAUUUCUGAUGUUUUGCAUUGUCGUGAUCACCAUAAUAACAUCAGUCAGGUUCACGUAUAUCCACCUGAUUGGCUGAUGUAUGUUAGUAUUUAAAAAUUUUCAACUACUGACAUUUUGCAUUGAUGUGAUUGUCAUAGUACAUUUUUUUUGACGUACGACUAUUCUCUGGUGUUUCGCGAACUUUAUUGGAUAGCGUCUUCACUAUUAUAUUUGAAUAUAGCGAUCUGAUUGGCUAGCACAUGUUAGCGCUUAAUGUUAUUAACUUCUGACAUUUUUCGUUGACUUGAUCGUCAGAGUAUGCUAUUACUCCAUUUUUGUUAAAGUACUGCUAUUCUGCAGUGUUGCAUGAACUUGAUUGGCUAGCAUCUUCACUAUUAUAUUUGCAUACAGUGAUCUGCUUGGCUUAUGCAUGUUAACGAUUAAGAAGAUUUAAACUUAGACAUUUUACGUUGACGUGAUCGCCAUAGUACGAUUUUCCUCCAUUUUUUUGACUAAUAACUGUUCUCUGGUCUUGCGAAAACUUGAUUGACUACCAUCCUCACUAUUUUAUUUGCAUAAAUUGAUCUGAUUGGCUGACGCAUGUGUUGGUGCUUAAAAAAUCCAGCUUCUAUAAUCAAUGGACCCAACACAAAUCAACUUACCCAUGAUUCAGUUCAGCAAUGCUUGUCGUCACUCCAUUAAAAGUAAAUAAGAAGCGUUAAUGUUGACGCCCCGUGUGAACGGCGCAUUACCAAGCACAUUUUUAACGUUGUUCAAAUAAACACUAGGUUAAUGUAACGAAUUAUCGACGUUCGCGACAUGUUACCGAACUCUAGUGUAUUGUAAGUGUUUGCCGUUUUUCUUUUCUCCAUUUCAAGCACCUUCGCUCAAGCUUUACGCGGAUCACUGACCUCCUGCAUUCUGUGCAAGAAAAAAUAAUUAAUUCCAAAUUGGAAUGCCGUCAUUCUCUCUCUCUAUCGUGCCAAGUGUCGGUACAAACGUUCGGUUGGUUCACGAAUCAGAAACGCUUCGUUCGAGGGUUCGCCCUGCUUUUCCGACCCUCCAUUCGGGUUCGUUUUUCGUUUGUGAUCUUCAUUCUGACCAUUAUAGUGCCUUUUUUUUGUUGUUCUUCUGAUAACGAGAGAAUGAAUCCUUAGUUUAGCGUUUAGUUUUAGCAUUUUUUUUCUGUUUCUCACUCCUUAAGGAUGAACAGCGGAUGAUGUUUCCGACUUAGCAGCAGCAAUAAGUACAGAAGACAUUCAUUCUGUUUUCAAGGGUGCGAAUCAUUAGAGAAAUAAAUCCCAUUGUGCCGAAUUCGUCAGGUCAGUGAUCCUAAUAGCAAAUUCAGGGGUUUUAGAACACGUUAUUUUUUUCGCCAGAAUGGUUUUGAAGCUAGAAUUGAUCAUGAAAAUGAACGGAGACACGAACCCGGUGUGUGUUUUUUGUGUUAUUUUAGCGGUGUAGAAGAGCUGGUGUGAUAUUGAUCGUGUUGUGAGGAAGCUCGUGUCUUUUUUUGUUAAUGGUUUUGUUUUCUUUUUUUAUUUUCUACAUGGUUAUAUGAGCAUUACAACUUCAGGAAACAGAAAACGUGCUGCAUCAACAAGCCGAUGCUGGCAUGAACGCCGCAUUGUGUUUGUUGAGGCGAAAAAAUUAUUAAAUGUGUUCGGCAAGAGAGGAAGAAAACAAAAUUAAGUGCAAUUACAACCUGGAGUUGAGAUGGUAAAUGAGGUUUUCUGUUUGCUGGAAGUGAUGGCGUUGUGAUUAUUCAACUAGCUGUGGAAGCUUAUUAUCGGACACUCUUAUUAUUAUUACUAUUAAUAUUAUUAUUGUGUUCCAGUAUUGAUCUCUAAGGAUCUAUACGUUUGAUACCUUUAUAUGAAACGAUGACACGCAUUUGUUUGUAUUAAUUUGAAACGUGGAACUGAACUUUCUAAUGUGCAUUACUCCGUCAUAUGCAUGUUUCCGUCAGCUAUGAGACUUGUACACAGAACUGAAAACAAACUCAGAACUCCAAAGACUCGACUUGAAAAGGACAAAAAUGUUUAGUUUUUGAAAGAAUUAGACCUUUUACACUUGAACUAACCCGAGUAUUGUUUUCUAGAGGUUUACCUGUCUGUGUAGGGGGAGUCAUGCUGGUUAAAGUCAGUAAAAACAAAAUAAAAGUCACUCAGCGUU